AUGGGCAAUGAGUUUCGAUGUAUUGGGGGUACCCGUAUUCAUAGAAGCUUUCAUUUUCGUGCUUAUCCUAAUUGUUGGUUCAGUUUAUGCAUGGCGAAAAGGAGCAUUGGAAUGGUCUUAGUUCCUGAAUAUUCAGAUAAUAAAAAGAAAGAAAAAAGUCAAAAUAAUAAUAACAUUGAUAUGAAUUCCAUCGAAUUUCCCUUACUUGAUCGAACAACCCAAAAUUCAGUUAUUUCAACUACAUUAAAUGAUCUUUCAAAUUGGUCAAGACUCUCCAGUUUAUGGCCGCUUCUUUAUGGUACCAGUUGUUGCUUUAUUGAAUUUGCUUCAUUAAUAGGCUCACGCUUCGACUUUGAUCGUUAUGGGCUGGUACCAAGAUCGAGUCCUAGACAGGCAGACCUAAUUUUAACAGCUGGAACAGUAACAAUGAAAAUGGCGCCCUCUUUAGUGAGAUUAUAUGAACAAAUGCCCGAACCUAAAUAUGUUAUUGCUAUGGGCGCGUGUACAAUUACAGGAGGGAUGUUCAGUACUGAUUCUUAUAGUACUGUUCGGGGGGUCGAUAAGCUAAUUCCCGUGGAUGUCUAUUUGCCGGGCUGUCCCCCUAAACCCGAGGCAGUUAUAGAUGCUAUAACAAAACUUCGUAAGAAAAUAUCUCGCGAAAUCUAUGAAGAUCGAAUUAGAUCUCAACAGGGGGAUCGGUGUUUUACUACCAAUCACAAGUUUUGUCUUGUACGCAGUACUCGUACUGGAAAUUAUAAUCAAGGAUUGCUCUAUCAACCACCAUCUACUUCAGAGAUUCCUCCUGAAACAUUUUUCAACUACAAGGGUUCACUAUCUUCCCACGAAUUAGUAAAUUAG